GCGGCAGCGCGUCUGCAGUCACUUCCGGUGAAUGUCGCGUCGUUACCAGAAACGCGACUCGCUGAAUUUACCAGGUCGCCUCCGAUGCUUCCGACUGUCCUCCGCCGCGUCCGGCCCAUCCCGACCGCUCUCGCCUCGAGCCGGCCUCUGGCCCGCUUCACACCUCACAUGGAUCCGGACCGGAGCCGGCCCGUCGAGAGCUCUAUAAGAACCAAACUGACCGACAGACUCGAGCCGGACCACCUGGAGGUCCACAACGAAAGCCACAUGCACGCCGUGCCCGCCGGCUCCGAAUCCCAUUUCCGCGUCCUGGUCGUCAGCUCGCAGUUCGAGGGCCUGCCGUUGAUACGGCGCCACCGUCUGGUGAACGAGGCGUUGAAGGAGGAGUUGAGUAGCAGCGUUCAUGCGCUGGCCAUCCAGGUGAAGACCCCGGCGCAGUGGGCGAGUCGCCCCACCCUGGAGAAGAGUCCGCCCUGCAUGGGGGGCUCGAGGGGAGACCCCACGGCGGAGGAGAAACUGAAGGCCGGCCGGAGUAAAGGGAGGCCUGUGGAGACGCUGCAGGAAUGGCCCCCUGCUGGUCAAAUGUGA